CGUCACUAGAAAGCAUUGUCUUUAUGUUCAGCUUUAAAACAGGGCUCACCAGACUCGGUGUUAAAAAGUUGCCCAAAGGGUUGUUUUCAUUUCGAAGCUGCGCCAUAUUCAAGAUGCAUCAUAUAUUAAUUUAUAUGAGGAGUUACAUGUUCUUUCUAUCCUAAACUUGCAUGUCAAGGCAUCAGGUGACGACCAAUAAGCAGUCAAAACGUACUGGAGUCAAGAACUACAGACUGACAAGUGACUUUAUAUUCUUCCUCCCUGGUCUCAGUAUUUUGUUGGAUCUGCUUUUAGCUUCAGGUCUUUUGGAUACAUCUCUCAGCUUUGUAGUUCUAGAAACUGAAAUCUUUGCUCAUUCUUUUUUUUUUGUACUAAAUAAUUCAAGCCUUGUUAACUUUGGUGAAGAUCCAGAUUUGGAGUCUAUAGCAGGCUUUGAUCGGAACCAUUUCAUUUCAACAGUCCUCAGGGUCAUUGAUCUGGUGGAAGAUGAACCUCCACCUCAGUCUAAAAUCUUUUGCUGCCUCUUAACAGUUUUCACAUGUAGAACAAGCAAACAGACAAAAAAAAAAAUGUGUUGUUUUUCCCUCGUCAAAUAUUCACUACAGUCCUCAAUUUACAGACAGACGCCAGCACGGAUGUUGUUAGGUGAGUGAGGCAAAAAUAACUUUGGCGUGAGUUUAACUGUGGCAACUCCCCGCUUGCCCCCUCUGCAUUUGGCUCCGUCAGUCAAAGGCCAAAAACAAGAUGGCGGGAUUCAGGAGCUGGCUUUUCAUUUCAGCAGUCUUCGCUGCCAGCUUGUGUGGGAUCAGUGCCGAAAUCAAAUUGACCACUUCUGUGGGGAGGUUGUUUACAUAUGAAGUGAUGAGAGAAACUUUCCAGAGGGACUUCGAUUCCUACUCGCUAAAACUCUACACCGGCGUCCUCCAUGAUGACCCCAUGAUUUUUAAGUGCAACCAGCAGUAUUUUCCUGACCUCCCAGAGUGGCUCCGCUUCAUCCAAAGGCAUCCCAGUGAAAAUGGCUUCCUGUACGGCACACCAACGUCUCCGGGAAAAACCUUCAUUGAGAUUUUUGCAGUCAACAAAAACAGUUAUGACACAGGAAGAAACCUUCUCGUCAUCAAGGCUGUUCCAGCAGAGAAGAUGCUGCCCUAUCAAGCGGAGUUCUUCAUCGAGCUGAGGGAGAUUGAGAAGGUGCUGCCCUCUUCUGUUCAAAGUGAGAUAAAGCAGGAUCUGCAGAAGCUGUGGAACAAUGAGGCGCUGGAAAUUGUCAACAUUACCAACGCCCUCGACCGCGGAGGCAGAGUUCCCCUCCCUCUUGCAGGACACUAUGAGGGUGUGUAUGUGAAGGUGGGGUCAAAGAAGUACUUCUCCAGGUGUCUGCAGAGGGUGAUGACGCCAGAGUACCAAAGGCAGUGCGCAGCAGGGGACAAAGUGAAGGUACCUGGAGAAUGCCACUUCUGCAAAAUCCCCAGCAACUGCAUCACCUGGUGCAAGACGAAGCUGUUUGACCGAACAAAGAUGGAGCCUGCUCCGCCUGCUCCGACAAUGGGCUCUGGAAUAUUAGAGGACGGGGGUUACUUCGACCCUCCAGAGUCUCCCCCGAGCAGAGACUAUUUCCCAGAUUACAUUGUGACUGUGAUUGUGCCCCUGAUCAUUGCCUUCCUUCUGUGUCUGCUGCUGGCCUACAUCCUGUAUGGCAGGCGUGAGGGAGUUGCAAAAAGGAAUGCAAAAACAGACAACAUCCAGCUGUACCAUCAACAAACCAUCCAUGGGAACACUGAGGAGCUGAGAAGCAUGGCUGCCCAACGAGGGGUCCCUCCUCCCCUCUCUACGCUCCCCAUGUUUAACAGCCGCACAGGAGAGAGGGCGUCACCGGUGCAGUCAGACAGCAUCCCUCUCAUCAUGGCCCAACAGGAUCCUUACAGUGACACACUGCCCAGGAAGUGAUGUCGGUCAGAGAUAAAGCAUCUUUGAAGCUCCGCAAAGUAAUUAACUUUGCUUCAUAUACAUAAGUUUUGGAAUGACCUAUUUGCAGCACAAUUAACCAAACAACCAGUUUAUCAUAUUGUUAUUUGCUGUUCAUGAUUUGUGCUUGUGUUUUCAUUUUUUUUUUUUAGCUUAUUCUAUGUUGUUUUGUCCAUUUCAAGACUUAUUUCUUGACCUUUGAACUUGUUCUUUGUAGUAAUCAAAUUAUUAUGUUCACUAUUAUUGUCAAAUGAUCCCAUCCUCUUGAGCGCAUGAAGAAUACUUUUUCAAAUUAGGCGGAUAAAUGAUACCCGCAACCAAAAUUAUUGCUUUGACAUUAGAUUGUCGUCUGCAUCUAAGCAUUCAUAUUCAGUCCCCGACAGAAACCUCUAAAUAAAAUCCAGUGCAAUAAAUUGUUAAUUUAUAAAAAGUGUUCACCAGUGUUUAAUUGCAUCAUGAAGACCAGGGAACACAGCAGAAAUAUCAAGAACAAAGUUGUGGAGAAAUUUAAAGCAGGGUUAAGUUAUGAAACAAUAUUCUGAGCUUUGAACAUCUCACUGGUUUAAAUCUGUCAUAAGUCUGACUGAUAAAGCAAGGUUUUUUUUUCAUUGCUCUGUAUAACCUAAUAAUAAAAUAAACACGUUUGUGUUUGUAUUUUUGUGGCGCCAUAGUUGUUAUAGCACAUAAUAGCCACCAGGUGGCUGUCUUUUCCCUUCGGUAAAAACAAAAGCUUUAUCUUCUUUAGACAUCUUUGGUCUUCUGAUAAUGAAAGAUAUUCUUCUGCAGGAGGAUUAACCAAGGUUGCAGAUGCAGCUAUGCCACUAGCAAAGCUGAUGACUGGAGAAUUUAAACUAAAAGUCAUUUUUUUCAAUCAGAUGUUGGCCUUGUUUUCACUGCUGCUUGUCAGAAGCAGAAACUGCUUCACUGCAACACAAAAUGUUUAUGUAGCUUUUUGUCAAAGGCCUCGCUCUCUUAAGAGUAUAAAACAUGGUCUUAAAUGCAAGACAUAAAUCUAAGUUUUAACAACAGUGAAAACUCUGCCACCAAGUAGACCACUUCACAUGCUUUAUUUCAGCACCCAAAAUAAUUAAAAACAUCUUGAUUUAUUAUACAUGUACAAAAUAAGUACAGAAUCUCUCCUUGAAACCAUGAAAGUCGGUCUGCUUCAAUUUCCAUUUUUAAGAAACUCUCUGCAAAAAAA